AUGUUUUGUGGAAUUAAUUUACAACAAGAAAAAUGUAAUUGCGACUUGUCUAAUGUUCCAGAUAGAAGUAACCGAACAGAUACUGUAAAAUACGCAUUUACAAGAAUCUUCAAUCCGAAUUGGAUUAAAGAAAAAGUAGACUUUGUCCAGCGAAAAAUAGAAUACUAUAAUUAUUUAUUAAGUUCAGAAGAGUAUUUUAAUCUUAUUUUGUUGAAUACAUAUAAUCUUACCAUUCCAACUAGCGAUACCUCUGAUCCAGAAGAAAAAUAUUGGAAAUCUAAUGAAAAAGGUUAUAGUGAGAAGAACUAUGACGAUGAUGGAUUUCUAUCUGAUUACGAAAUUGAAUUUGAAUAUACUUAUGGGGUUUUUAUUAAGUUGGAGAAUGGAAUGUCUCUUCCAGCAAAAUGGUAUACAACUAAAGUAUUCACAGUUGAUGAAUUACUUUUAGAAAUUCAUUUAAAUGUAGAAACUUUAACGGGCAAAUCACCAAUUGAACCAAAUAAUUAUCGUGUUGCAUUCAAAUCUGAAAAGGCAGCAGGAGUGGGUACUCAACUUGUUGAUACUCAAGACUUUAAAAAUCUCAAUCUGAUUACCAAAAAUAUAAAUCUAAAAGCCUUUUUUAUAACAUUUAACCCGAAUAUAAAACGAAAAUUAAAUGAUCUUGGAUCUGAUAAUAGUUCAGAUGAUGAAAUUAUUAAAUAUUCGAGAAAUAAAAACUCUAUUCCUAAAACUUCAAGCUUAUCAUCAGCUAAAUUGUCAAUUGCAAGAAAUGUCUUAGAGAUCCGUAAAGAAAAUCAUUGUGCAAUUCAUAAUCGACCAUGUUUAAAUAAGGAUGGAGCUAAGGAAAUCAUAUCGAAAUUACAUUUAUGA